AUGAGUAAACCAUCUCAUUUUCUUUGCGCAGCGUCACAGUCUUUUAGCCAUCCAAGACGUGUCCACCACUGCGAUGUGUGUGGCUUUGAGGCCGAUCGGCUUUCUAAAUUGGAACGACACUCGAGGGUUCACACAGGCGAGCGGCCGUUUCCGUGUCCUUCAUGCCCCCGGCACUUCACACAGAAGUCAUCGCUGAAGACUCAUCUUCGCAUCCACAGUGGAGAGCGGCCGCACGAAUGUCACUUCUGCCCUCAAAGCUUCACGGUAAAAGGCACACUGAAACAACACUUGCUUAUCCACACGGGCGAGCGGCCAAUUCGAUGUCCUCUAUGCCCGCGGGCAUUCAGGCGGAGACCCCACCUCAAACGUCACAUGCUCCAGCACGGACGACAGUCAUUUCAGUGCUAUGUGUGUGUACUUCUCUGUACAGGCCGUGGCCGUGUUGGACUAUGCCAUAUGAGUCGCCUUCUGGCGAUAGUAAUCAGUCUCAUUUUCUUUGUGCAGCAUUGUGGACUUUCAGCCUUCCCGCAACUGCGGCUGCCGAGAAACCGUUUCCGAGACGCCGCCACCAAUGCUGACUCCUGCGCCUACGCGACAGAUUUUAUUUCUAAUCUGAAACAACACUACAGGGUUCACACGGGCGAGCGGCCGUUUCAGUGCCCUUUGUGCACCCAGAGCUUCACACAGAAGGCAUCACUGAACACACACCUGCGCAUCCACACCGGCGAGCGGCCGCAUAAAUGUCACUUCUGCCCUCAGAGCUUCUCGCAAAAGUGCUCGCUGAAGGUUCACCUGAGCAUUCACACAGGCGAGCGGCCAUAUCCGUGCCCUUUGUGCCACCAGGCUUUUAGGCUCAGACACCAUCUCAAAAUACACAUGCGUCAGCAUGAAUAAUGGUGACCGUUUCUGUGCAAGUUCUGCUGUAUGAAUUUUUUCAACAAAUACAAAUUUGACUUAUUAUUCAACCAAUAAUUCCAAAGCAGUAUAGCGUUUCUCAGUUAACUUUGUGGAAUAACACUAAAGGGAUAGUGUCACCAAUUUUCAAAGCCGAAUUUACUCCACCAUACAAAUCUCCUGUACACGGGAUCUCACUUAUGCUUUGAGCACACGUGAAGCUGAAUAAAUGCUGAUAAGAUUUUGUAUUGAUAUUAAUGUGAAUGUUUGUUUAAUGCAAUCACCCACUAAAAUUGAAACUAGCAGGUCAUCAGGCAACAAUGUCAAAUUUAGUGACGUUACGCGCCAUUAUGGCUAGUUGUGAUGACAUGAGGCACCAAAACGGAAAAAAUGGCCGCUUGCACGUUUCUAAUGGAGCACCACACCCGCGUGGCCAUAGAAACAUCACGCUGUCUUGUGCAGGCACAUGACGAGAAGCUUGUAUCAUUUUGUGGUGUCAGGAUGCAGUAUGAACCAAAACUAGUUUUUAAUAAUGUGUUUCCAAUUAAUUUUUCAUGGUACAUUCAUGCUUACCAGUAUGUUUCCUGGUAUCUUGAGGACCUGGUCUUUCAUUUAUCACAAAAAUACACUAGAGAGUUUUUUUAUCGGUACUCUUUUAAAGCUGCCAGCCCAGUCAUGACAAGAUGGUUCAAUUACUGUUACUAGAGCACUGUUAUGAACGUAUCAGUGAUAUCUGUAGUUUUUUUAUUGUUUCUAUAUAGUGUUCCUCAGUGACCAUUGAAAUCUUCCUCAUAUUGUAGCUCGAUGAAAAGUUCUCUAUUUGCUGAUAAACCAUACAUCUAUGUUGUCAGCUUCUCAAGUUCUUUGCGGAAGCCUCUCACAUGAACUCGCACGAUAAGAGUACCAUAAGGUGCACACGGUUCACGGAUUGUAACACGACACAAAUACUUUUAAUGUAAUGACUGGUAUGCGCAUUCGCUUGAAAUAACUGCGCUAUGUUGUUGUGAAUCUGGUUGCUGAAAAUAAUGUUGGCUCUGAUGUAAGUGUUCGAGCUCAAGUUAUGUCGAUAUGACAUGAAUUGAGGAUAGGCGAACCGAAAGUAUGUGGAUUACUUGGCUCUCGGCUGUUAUGUCUGAAUCCACGAGUACUGCACUUUUUUUUUUUCUCAGUUGGGGUCUGAUUUGGGAAUGUACAUGUAUACCAUCAUAUAUAUGGUGUUUAAUAUCAAUUCCAGUUGUGAUAAGAUGUUGUCAUGCUCUUUACAUUGUGGUGUCUUGAUGAAAAGCAUGUAGAAGAGCAAGCUGCGAUUGUGCAUGCUCCUAAGCAUGGGCGAGAGUGGAGGGAGAGAGGGAAGUGGGUCAUUCAAAUUAAGGAAGGCUGUGUGCACAGCUCCGUAGAAAUGGAGAGUGUAGGCACACAGCAUACUGGGAGAAACUUGGAACCGAAAGCGUGGUCAUUCUUGGAAUAGUUUUGUUGCCCAAAUACAAAGGCAAUAUCAGUGCAUGCACCUUACUAGUCAAUAGCCUAUGACCCAUUAAUUUUGCUGGUUGCGUCACUUGUGCUCUCUCUGCCUGCUUCUGUGGGUCUCUACAGUCUCGUAACAUGAGUAUUUUGCAACAGCGCAAUCUCAGUAACACUGUUUUCUCACUUCUGUUACUCUAUUCAUCGUAACAUCAUUGCAGAAGCCAGAAUUGACAGUUGUUGAGCAACUUUGGUGGCUGCUUGUACAUGCAUCACUCCAUAAUGAUUCUCAAUUUUAUAGCACAGUAGGCGAUUUGCACAAUAUACAGUACCAAUAAAACCUUCAACCUUUCCUUG